CUUCUCCCUCAGCCAGCCAGUCAACCUUUUUUUUCUUCUCUCCCACAGACGACGGAACAGCCUUGUUGCUUCGCAUGGGCACGUAAACUUGCAACUCACCCCAAUCCACGACGUCCCUUGUUCUUCCGCCCCGCGCCCGCGACCCGCGCUGGCUGACUGACGUUCCCGAUGCCUCCGAUGCCGCUCUGCCGCUGAUUUCGGGUCAGCAGCCAGCUCGAGCCUCGUUCGCAUCGCCUCGUCCGGGGCGCGCGCACGUUGCGUUGCGUACCCUACCUCUUUUUUUUUUUUUUUGGCCGGACCGGACGUUUCUGCUAGGUACUACGUACUACGUACACAACGCACCCUCACUGUGCACUCGGGUGCGGGAGACCUUGCAUGAUAUCGCACGCCCCUGGCCGACCGUUUUUAUUGAAACACCACAAACCGCUCGUGAGCCUGCGCCAACCAGCACCAGCACAGCCGCCGCCGGCCAACCAACUACCUACGUACAACGUGUAGUAGUAGCAGAUUGUCAACCGACUGCCUGCUGCUGCCGCCACCCCCCCCCUUCCCCCCCCAGCAUUGAUUGAGCCGGCCCCAGAGACAGAGGGAAAGCGGUUUCAUGUUUCCCGGGCCCCGCCGGCGUAGCAGAAAAUCGAGACACAACACGCGCGCAGCAAGCUCUCAUCAAUCUCGGGACCCUGUCCUGGCCUCUCUAUUCGCGGCAGCCCGCCCUCGUUGCUCCCUCUCCACAUUCUGCUGGUGAGUCGGGCUGUUGCAGCACGCAUCUCUCUGCACCCACGGCCAGCGCGUGCCGCAUCGCAGCCGCCCCCCUGUGCGGCGCCGCACGUACGAGGUACAUGCGACGUGGAUCAGCAUCGGAAUUUGGCAUCGAGACAGAUCCAGGGUCGCUGUCGACGGAACACACGAUUGAGGAGUCCUCGCGCAUACCUGGCUGGCCACCUACGCUGGCAGUAAGCACACGCGCGACAUCCCGAGACGCCUCCUCCUCCUCGCCCGCGCCAAGGGUCCGCGACGACAACGACGAAAAGGUCGACUGACGGGGAUCAUCACGAACCACGACGAGACGACUUGGAAGACGAAAAGAAAAGACGAUUGUUGCCCGGCGGCGCGUGCACCUUGACCUUGGCCGACAGACGAGGUAACCCCCCUCCCCACCCGUUGGCAACUGCACCGAACCGAACGAACCCUCCAUCCCUCCUCCUCCUGGCCUUCCCCCCCUGUCGCCCGCCGCGGCCGCUGCAGCUGCACCACCUUCCCGGCUGCCAGCCUCGCCCUCCGCGCCGCCGCACAGGCCCCCCCAUCCGCGCGCGACGGACAGACAAGCAAGCCCUGACCUGGGCGCCCCACCCCCUCCAGCAUCCCACUGCACUGCAGCCAAGGCCUCUCUGCCGCCCGCCGCUGCGCAUAACGCAUUCGAGGCGCACACCGGGACCAUGUCGCAGCGCGACCCCCGGAGCCGCCAGCGCCUGCGCAAGGCCCCUCCUAAUCAUCAUCAGCAGUUCCAGCAAGACUUCCAGCAACAAGUGCUGCACGAACACCCACUCCUACUCGACAACAAGAAUAGCAAGGCCGCCGCCGCCGCAUCCUCCUCAUCCUCCUCCGCCGCCGCCGCCGUGUCCUUGGCCGCCAUCCCGGACCCUCGUCCUGCCGCUGCCGAAAGCACCGUUGCCGGAGACGCAGGCCAUGUCCGUUCCUCGUCUCCCGCUUCGCAACCCGCCUCUCCCUCGUCCGUCUCGUCCUUUUCGUACAACUCUCCGCAGCGCUCGACCCCUCGCCCUCAACCUCGCCCUCACCAACCCGUCGACGACAGUCCCACCGUCGGCCGCCUCAUAGCCGUGCCGUCGCUCUCUUCUCUGGGCUCGUUACCACAUCCCGCGUCGCCAAGGUGAGUCGCAAUCCCACGCCGCGCCGGCCUGUGCUUGUUGGCCAUGGUCCUUUGAUUUGAUGAGUCCUUUGAUUUGAUGAGUGGAUGGGUGAACGGGACGGAUGGCCUGCCGAUGGACCGUGAUUCACGAGCGCCUGCCGCCAUCACAUCUGUCUGUGUCGCCGCAACCCUCUGCCUGCGCUCUGCCUUCUCCCUCUUGCUGCCCUUGGUCCCUCCCGCCCUUUUGAAUACCCCCCCCAGUCCAUACUCAUCACGGAAAUUGUCGCUGGGCCCCAUUGUCUGUUCCCGCCGCCCACGCUGCUCACCUCUCGCGGACCUGCCAGCCAAACUGCCGGUGGUCCGUGUGGAGGUGCCCUGCCAGCAGGGACGCCUUGGACCGUCGUCGCCGCUACCACCCCCCUGUCGCUGUCGCUGUCGCUGUCGCUGGUGCUGUACGGAGCGCCGAGGACCCUGGUUUCACUUUCGCUCGCCGUCUGUGCCUGCGCAUGUCACUGUCGUGCGACCUCGACUUGCUAGCCUUCCCUCUUCUGAUGCCUCGGGCUGACACGCCGCGCCGUCUCUCCAGAUCUCCUCGACCACCGAUCCCAAGCCCAUUAUCUACAGCGAGCAACGUGGCGCCGUCUCCAUCGCGCACGAGUCCUCGACAUCCCACAUCCCCGUCCAGCCAGGGCCUGCCGUCCCCCAUUGGACAGGGCCUGCCUGAGAGAACGGCGCCUUCACAGGAACCUGUCGGCCAAACGGCUUUCUAUAGCGACUCGUCCGCCCCGUCGACGCCAGACGAGGAAAUACCAAGGUUAACCUUUGCAAACACCACGAAUGACACCCGAAGCGUCUCCGACCCCGUAGCCUCCAGACCGACGCCCUCGCAGGGCCGUUCGCCCCCGAGGGUGCCUAAGCCGCCCAUGGCAGCCCCCGUCAUGGCGGCCACGGGCGAGGUGCCCAAGGGCACGCCUCGGAAUGCCUCCAUCGACACCACCAUUUCUACUGCCUCAUCUACCCUGUCGCUGAGUAAGGGCAGCGGCAGUCCGUCAAAGCCAAUCGAUGUCGCGGGCCUCAUCAAGACGGCAGGCAGUCCCGAGGCCGUCAUCGAGCAUCUGCUCAAGGAGAAGCAGUCGCAGGCACAGCAAAAUUCCCAGUUAUGGCGGUUGGUCGACAAGCAACGGGCCAUGAUCCUUGGGCUGAAUAAGGACCUUGAAUCUGCCCUCAAGGACAAGGAGAGAUACAGGAAGAAGCUCAAGGAGCUGAUGGCCAACCCGGCGGUGAUGAAAGCCGCAGGUGGCCCGCGAGGGGAUCCGGAGCCGGAGCCGGAGCCGGAGCCGACAGGUCGUCGUGGCCCGCCUGGCCCGCGCGUCGACGUCGACGUGCCAACCCGCGAGCCCGACUCGCCGAGCCUCGACUCGGACAGUCAGAAGAAUUCUCCUAUUGAUAUCACAAUGGCGCCCUAUCCCAUCACCCCGCCGGCAGAUCGGCAGCAGGUGCCGCAUUCCGCCGUGGGCGAGAUUCUCGACCCAAGACACAUCAUGCCCAAGCCACAGGAGCAUGCCCUCGACAAGUUCGACCACGAGGCGGAAGAGAGGGCUGCCGACGAAGAGCGCAAGGAAAGGAAGGAGGAGUCUCUUCGCGAGAUACCUUACAACGUCUCGCUGCCUCCAUCGCGCAGCCUCCCGAGCGAUCCACCGAGCGUCCCUCCGCCGAAGCCCCCUCUGUCCCCCCCGCUCGUCACCAUCAUGGAGCCGACGCCCCAGCCUGACGAGGGCCUUGGCAAGUUCCCAGCUCCGCAACGGAAGGCGCCUCCAGCCCCGUUGCAACUCAGUCAGCAAGCUCGCAAGAGCGCGGCGCCACCUGAGGAUGACGACUCCGACUCGGACUACGACGACAUCUUGGACGUUGGACACGUGGGGCCUGAGCCGCGAGGUCGGCGCCGGACACGCGAGGAGGAUGACCGCGAACGGGAAAUCAUUGCCUUCAGGGAAGAACAGGAACGGAGCGCUUCCAAGAAGAGCAAAUCUAGCCAGGCCAGGCUGUCUGCGGAGACGAGCAGUGCGCCUGAUCCCAAAGCCGCCGCCGCUCUCCUUGGCCAGGCACAUGGCGACGUCCCUCCCUCCCUAGACGCGAUGCUUCACGUUGACCACAACGCUGAGCUAGCACCCCCUCUCCGAAGCCCCGGUCUCCCGGUCAGCCCGAGGCCGUUUGGCAACGCCCCAAAGACGGCGGCGUCAGCGGCUUCGCUGUCACCUAGAUCCGGAAACUCGGCGACUUUGGGCCCCCCAAUGUCACCCAGACCUCCCCGUCAGGCGAUUCCAUUGCCGCCCAACACGCCCCUCGUGUCUCCGGCCAUGUCAGGGGGCUCGCCGUCCGCUCAAGCCACCAACGCGGGCUCGCGCGCGGACGAUGCGACAGACGCUGGCGUUUCGGGCAAGGGACGGUCGGCCACGGCCGAGCGUACCAAGAUCUUUCGCGGAUUGGUUACAGACGAGUUCCCCGAUCUCUUAUUGCCGCCGAACGCGCUGCCCUCGAUCCAGGUCAAGGUCGCGUCAUCUCGCAUGAAGCCGUCGCGCGCAAGCCUGAUGUCCCUUACGCAACUAGAAGAGGACCCGGUGUUCACUCUCGCCAUCGCCUCUCGGGCGGACGGUGGAGAGCUCUGGCGUGUCGAGAAGGACAUCGCGUCUCUGAGCAAGCUGGACCAGCGACUGAAGCAGUGUCCAGCCGUCACGGCCAAGACGCCAGACCGGUCACUGUUCAGCGGCCACGCCCCGGCAAAAUUGGACGCACGACGAGUGGCGCUAGAGCAGUAUCUAGACGAGCUGCUUGACACGCCGCUGGACGCAACGACGGCAGUGGAGCUGUGCAAGUACCUGUCCAGCAACACCCUACCGCCUAACGCGGAUGAGACGGGAUCGGCGCUCAGAAGCAGCCCAGAGACUGGCAGCUUCAAGAUUGGUACCGACGGCCGCCCGAUCCGGAGCGGCUACCUGACCAAGAAGGGAAAGAAUUUCGGCGGGUGGAAAGCCAGGUUCUUCAUCAUCGAGGGGCCUCACCUCAAAUACUAUGAGACGCCGGGCGGAGCUCACCUGGGCACCAUCAAACUGCAGAAUGCCCAGAUCGGGAAGCAGUCCCAAGCCAGCAACGAGGUGCAGUCGCCGUCGCGGCUUUCAAACGGCGAGGAACUCGACAACCAGUACCGCCAUGCCUUCCUGAUCCUAGAGCCGAAGAAGAAGGACUCGCACAGCCACGUUAAGCAUGUGCUGUGCGCAGAGAGCGACAAGGAGCGUGACUCAUGGGUAGACGUCCUGCUGCAGUGGAUCGACUACCGAGACCCCGACGACCCCGACGCGAAGAGCUCCAAGGGCGCCUCCAACGCGCAUGACCGCCAGGGGUCCGGACACGAACACUCAAAUGGGGCCAAGGCAAAGAAGAACAACCAAGGCCGGCCCAACCAUCAGCCCGCGGAAUCGGAUACGUUGAUUGGCGUCCGGUACGACACCACGCACGCUGGGGAGACGCCUCAGGGCGUGCCGGGAGGGCCCAGGUCAGCGAUGGGGCUCCCCGAGCACUACAGCUCGCACAACCUCGCUGGAGAGACGAUGAGCUCCCAGUCGAACAAGAUCAUCUCGGCGCCCAAAGACCCGCAGGUCAUCUCCGACUCGGCGGCAUGGGGCAACAAGCAGGGUCUGUCGAUCCCGACCAACGACGAGAAGAAGGCUAGGAAGCGAAGCUUCUUUGGUUUUGGCCCCAAGACCCGGUCAUCGUCGGACGGCCAGGACUCCCUGUUUGGCGGCAGCGAGGCCGGCUCGGCGGCGACGCCACCGCAGGCAUCGUACCACGGACCUGUCCGUCAAGUCUUCGGGGCGCCGCUGGCUGAGGCGGUCCGAUACAACCCGCCGGUGGACGUCAACGUGCCGCUCCCCUCUGUCGUGUUCCGCUGCAUCCAGUACCUGGACCACAAGGACGCCAUCCUUGAAGAGGGCAUUUUCCGCCUCAGCGGCUCCAACGUGGUCAUCAAGCAACUCCGGGAGCGGUUCAACAACGAAGGCGACAUCAACCUGGUGACGGACGAGCACUACCAUGACAUCCACGCCGUGGCCUCGCUGCUCAAGCUCUAUCUCCGCGAGCUGCCCACCACUAUUCUGACGAGAGACCUCCACCUCGACUUCCUGGCAACCACCGAGAUCACAGACCGCAAGGAAAAGAUUACGACGCUGGCCGAGCUUGCGCGAAGGUUGCCGCAAGCUAACGCGACCCUGCUCAAAUACCUGAUUUCAUUCCUCAUCAAGAUCAUCAACAAUGCGGACAUGAACAAGAUGAAUGUGCGCAACGUGGGCAUUGUGUUUUCGCCCACGCUGAACAUACCCGCACCGGUCUUCGCCAUGUUCCUGCAGAACUACGAGGCCAUCUUCGGCGUUGACCCGGAGCACUACGAGCUGCCCUCUCCGAUGCCCGAGUCCGACUCACAACAUGGGCGAGUCGACGGCCCGCCGCGCCUUGACCCGCCGGCACGACCAUCUACGUCGGGCAGCGCCUCGCCGCACCGCCAGCCGCGCAUGGACUCGAUGAGGGACCACGCCAGGCAGACGCCGACGCCGCCGCUACUGCAGAAUUUGCAGACCGCCAGGGGCUCGCCGACGCCGCCUCUGGGGACCGCCCGCUCGCAGUACGACCUGGGUCACAGCAUUCAGUACAACACGACGUCCAGCGUGUCCUCGCGGCCCGCGUACGAGAGCGUAUACGGCGUCCCCGCGGGCUCUGAAGCGUCGGGCUUCCAUCCCGCGCCGCGCGCCGCUCCGGGAUACGACCGGCCCAUAUACCCCAGCGUCAACGACGAGCAAGGGCCAGGCAGCUCGCAGGCUCAGGAGCAGCCCCAAAACGCGAACACGAACGCGAAGCGACGGGAGAGCUUGGUCUACAUGGGCGGCCUAAGCGGCCUCCAACAUCAUGGAUCCAAGAGCCGACUUCGCGAAGAAGCACGGUUUUAAAGCAUAGAGUACACGGAGCACUCCGUUUCGGCUUUUCUGCUUUUUUUAACGACACGACAUACCCGUUGGUUCGGGAAAGAAGCGAUGAUACCACUGUUUCUGCUGCAUUUCCUUUCUUUCUAUUCCUCCACGUCUGCGACACACUACACGACUAAAUUACGGCGGGCAUCCGGCGCUCCUGGGGAGGGCGAGCAGCCCAGAGAUGACUGAUUUGGUUUUGUUUGGGUCGUUGGAUAACGACCUUGCUUGGAUCUGGCGUUUGUCGCUCAUGGCUCGCUCCGGAUUGCUCGGACAUCAUUACGGAUAGCCAGGCACACAUGCACCCUUGCGAGAUGCUGCUGACAGCACGGGAACGGGAAAGUUUGGAGACGCUUUUGCGAAUCUGUAUACCAGGCUCGUCUCGGCGGCCACAAGUUGGUAAUACCCAAGUUGGUCUUGCGUCGUUUUUGUUUUUCUUGUUGCCUUCUCCUCCUUCUUUGCGUUCUCUCGCUUCAUGCCGCCGUUUGGUACGGGGUAACCAAGGUCGGAUGGUUUCGAUGACGUGUGGUCUCGGGGAAUGGAUCUGGGGCAGAGCGCUAGGUUGCUAGCACUUACUUUCGCACAGGGACAGAGAGGGACGCAGGCCAAGAGAUCUCAGACAGAGAGACAGAUAAAGCGAGGCGUUGUGAGAUUCGUUUAUUUAAUGCGUGAGCGAGGUUUCGGGUGCGGCGGCGCUUGACCGGCUGGCUGGCUGCUAACCUGACAUUGUUGCUCCUUCUCUACUAUAACGAACACGGGGAAUUGAAAGACGGACAGCCCCAAUGGGUUGGUAGAUGAGA